AUGGUGGGAACAUCAAAAUUGUUGGCCGGUUUGGCUUCAGCUUCAGUGGCAUUUGCUGCUUGUAGUCUUGACAGUCAUUGUCCUGAAAAUGCUCCAUGUUGCUCUCAAUAUGGAGAAUGUGGUACUGGAGCAUAUUGUCUCGGAGGUUGUGAUCCACGAAUGUCAUUUUCCCUCGAUUCCUGCGUACCCGAACCCGUCUGCGAAAGUGCUUCAUAUACUUUUACGAGCAUGGAUGGUAUAACUUCAAACACAAAAUAUUUGGGAGAUUCUUCAAAGACAAAUUGGGUUUAUAGUGGAGAUCCAGUUAUUUAUAAUGAUAAUGUGUUGUUGACCAUGCCGGCGAAUUCGGUCGGGACAGUUAUGGCUUCUUCAACUUAUAUGUGGUAUGGAAAUGUCAAGGCAAAGUUUAAGACGAGUAGAGGUCAGGGUGUGAUCACGGCUUUUAUUCUCUUCUCGGAUGUUAAGGAUGAAAUUGAUUAUGAAUUUGUUGGUUCGGAAUUGACUACUGCUCAAUCCAAUUACUAUUUCCAGGGUAUUACAAAUUACGAUAAUGAGCUCAACAUCACUCUUUCCGAUACAUACGCCAAUUACCACACUUACGAAAUUGAUUGGACCCCUGAUCAGAUUACUUGGCUUGUAGAUGGACAAGUCGGACGUACAAAGAAGCGCUCAGAUACUUGGAAUGCAACCGCGAACCAAUGGAACUAUCCACAAACUCCUGCUAGAGUCCAACUUUCUCUCUGGCCUGGUGGUCUUUCCACCAAUGGGGCUGGAACUAUCGCUUGGGCAGGUGGUUUAAUCGACUGGGAUUCUGAAGAUAUCAAGAACAACGGUUACUAUUAUGCCUCAUUUGAAUCUGUCAACAUCUCAUGCUACAAUGCAAAGUCUGCUCCAGGAACCAAUUCCGGAAAGUCGUAUUAUUAUAACAAUGCUCUAGGAACCAACAAUACUGUGGUUGAUUCUAAUAAUGCCACCAUUCUUUCAUCCCUCUUGGCUACGGGAUCAAACAUGACUGCAGGAGCAUCACCAGCUGCUUCUGGUUCCACACCUGCUUCCACGGCCGCAACUGUUCCUGGACUCACAGGUACCAAUGGUGGAGGUGUUGCAGAUACACAUUCUGAUGGUGGUGGUAGCAGUAGUGAUUCCAGCUCAGGAUCAGCAACAUCAUCAUCCAGUACUUCUUCUUCAACUGGUAGUACUGUAUUUUCUCAAGGAGAUGGCUCUUCUUCUUCUUCCUCCUCCUCAUCUAGCAAAAGUGGUGCCGACAGUAUGAUUGCGAAUACAGAACGAAUACUAAAAGGCAGUAUAUUCGCAGGUAUUGUGGCAGUUAUUGCCAUGAUGUCUUUGUAA